ACAGAGAGAGUUACCAUUGCACUCUGUGUGAGUAAGGGUCAGGGCACAGGGCUGGAGCCCCUCGUUAAGCUGGAGAGCCCGGGCUGCACCCUCGCUGCACCCCCCCGGGGAAAGGCGAUGGAGGUCUCGCAGGCUGGCCACUGCCACGACUCUGGGGUAGGGGAUCUGGAGGAGGAGCCGGCGAGGUGCCAGCCGGCGGGCGGUGGCGGGGAGCAGCCCCAGCCCCAGCCCCAGCCCCUGGCCAAGCUGCUGGCCCCCAGCUCCCGGCCCGGGAGCCUCCUGUACCUGGAGGACCAUGUGGUGGGGGCUGUCCCCCCGCCCCUGCCCCUGCCCCUGCCCUCCUCGGCUGGGAAGCACCGCCAGGCGAGCCCCCUGGUCCACCGGAGGGACAGUAACCCCUUCACCGAGAUCGCCAUGAGCAGCUGCAAGUACAACGGCGGCGUGGUCAAGCCCCUGAGCGGCCUCAGCGCAUCCAAGAGGAACCUGAUCGAGCCCCCCGAGGCGGAGCCGCAGCCCGUGCAGCUAUUCGCCUACCAGCAGCAUCACCCGCGGCUGGCCAACACGCCCGAGAUUGUCAUCUCCUGCCGGGAGCAGCAGCAGCAGCAGCUCCUCUACUGUCACCAGAAACAUCCAGCCUACCCCCGCGGUCCCGGGGGAACCGGCCCCGGCCCCGGCCCCGGCCCCGGCCCCGGCAGCACCAGGAGGAAGAACCAGAACAUCGGCUACAAGUUGGGCCACCGCCGGGCUCUCUUCGAGAAGAGGAAGAGGCUCAGCGACUACGCGCUCAUCUUUGGCAUGUUUGGCAUUGUUGUCAUGGUGAUCGAAACCGAGCUGUCUUGGGGCAUCUACUCCAAGGGCUCUAUGUACUCGCUCACCCUGAAAUGCCUUAUCAGCCUGUCCACAUUGAUCCUGCUGGGACUCAUCAUCGCCUACCAUGCCAGGGAAGUCCAGCUUUUCAUGAUAGAUAAUGGAGCUGAUGAUUGGAGGAUCGCUAUGACCUACGAGCGGAUCUUCUUUAUCAGCUUAGAGAUGGUGGUGUGUGCCAUUCACCCGGUACCCGGGCGCUACAUAUUCCAUUGGAAAGCCCGCCUGGCAUUCUCCUACACACUGUCCGAGACCUGGGCUGAUGUGGACAUCAUCCUCUCCAUUCCAAUGUUUCUUCGGCUCUACCUCAUCGCCCGGGUCAUGCUGCUUCACAGUAAGCUCUUCACAGACGCCUCCUCGCGCAGCAUCGGGGCGCUGAACAAAAUCAAUUUCAACACACGCUUCGUCAUGAAGACUCUUAUGACCAUCUGCCCGGGCACGGUGCUCCUCGUCUUCAGCAUUUCAUUGUGGAUUAUUGCAGCCUGGACAGUCCGUGUCUGUGAGAGAUACCAUGACAGCCAGGAUGUCACCAGUAACUUUCUGGGAGCAAUGUGGCUCAUCUCAAUCACCUUUUUGUCCAUCGGUUAUGGUGACAUGGUGCCCAACACAUACUGUGGGAAAGGUGUCUGCUUGUUGACUGGGAUUAUGGGUGCAGGAUGUACAGCACUGGUGGUAGCUGUCGUUGCUAGGAAACUAGAACUAACCAAAGCUGAGAAACACGUCCAUAACUUCAUGAUGGAUACACAGCUCACCAAGCGGAUAAAAAAUGCAGCAGCCAAUGUUUUACGGGAGACCUGGCUGAUCUACAAACACACAAAACUGCUCAAAAAGAUCGACCACGCGAAAGUGAGGAAGCACCAGAGGAAGUUCCUGCAGGCUAUCCAUCAGCUUCGCAAUGUGAAGAUGGAGCAGAGAAAACUCAAUGACCAGGCCAAUACUCUGGUUGACCUCUCGAAGAUGCAGACGAUCAUGUAUGACCUAAUCACAGAGCUGAACGAUCGAGGUGAAGACCUGGAGAAGCAGAUAAUGAGCCUGGAGAACAAGUUGGAGGGACUGACCAGCAGCUUCCACGCCCUGCCAAGACUGAUCGCUGACACCCUGCAGCAACAGCAGCAGCAGAUCCUCAGCGCUAUCACUGAAGCUGGCAGUACACAUGGUGACUCCCAGCGCUCUGACAGCCAGCUGGGACUCAGCUCCCCUUCCUUCCCAACUCCUUGCACCAGUUCCAGCAGUUGUUAGGGCCCUGAACUUUGGACCAGGAGUGAUUUAUUUUUCCCUUAACACUUCCCUCCCAAGCCCCCCCCAAUCCACCCUUCACUUUGGCUCUAUGAACAGAAAGAUGGGGUUACAGGCAUAUAGGACCAGAGCUUUCAUCUUACUCAGAACUGCCUUUUACCCUCUUUCUUCCUCUUGGGGUGCUGACACUCCCUCUCCGCAGCUCCUCUGCUACACAGACCCCACCCUUCAACUCCUUUCAAGUUGCUGCCAGAUGAGGCAAAAAGAAAGGAACAGGUUCAGUUCUGAAACAAGGAGACUGAGUGUGCUGGGUGAGGGAUUUGCUGGCGUGGAGCAGAAAUAAGGAUUGCCUUCUCACAGGGGCUGAAAUGUGGGUCUUCUUCAAACAAUAGCAAAACCUGCAGCCAUCACUAGGAGAGAGGAGCCUUCCUGUCACUGCCUGUUGCCAAAACCAUGAUUUUCUUUUCAAGGGAAGAAGAAAUACAUAUAUAAACAAAGAAUAUAUAUAACUGAAUAAAGCACAACACAAGCCUCUUCACUGGUAGGUGCAGCUAUCAGCAUACUCCUGCCUGCUUUAAGCUUGGCACCAGCUUGUCUGGUUUGGUCAUAUUUAGGAGACUGUGGCUUCCAAUCCCAGUACAGGAUUUGAGCCCAUGAUCCAGGCUGACCAAUGCUCCAGUACAGUGGUGAAAGUGGAUGUCACAAAUUUCACAGCUGACCUCCUCUGUUGGGUAGAGAUUUCUCCCUGGUGUUCCGGAGCCAAACGUCAACCAAAAAAACAAAGUAACAAAAUGGGUUAACUGGUUGGCUUGUCCAGAUGCAACCUAACAAAACAGGAGUGAAUCCUGAUGAGAAAAUCACAAUCACACCAGGAGCAACAGGGGGAGGAGAAAAGUACUUAGGGCCUUUCAGUCGAGGUCAGUUUGGCUUUGUGUUUGGCCAAAAUGAUCCUUCUGUUCCCCAGCGAUGCAAUGCUAACAGAAAGUUUGAUUUUAUGCAAAAUUCUUGUCUGCCAACCUAUAGGGCGAAACGGAUGAGUUAAACAAGGAGUGGUGUCCCAGCACUGUAUGUGUGUAUUAGACAAGGCGAGAAAUGACCCUUUCAAAACAUGUUUUUUUAAAAGAAGAGAGACUGCUACUUAGAAAUUACAUAGAAUUUACAGCACAGAAACAGGUCAAUCCUGGGCGUUAAAACAAAUGUAGUCGCACCUUGCCUUUGCAAUGCCUCAUUCUUUUCUCAAGAAGACAAAAUGAAAGGUUAACCUGACUAACUCGGAGAAGAAUGUUGAAACCCCAGAGGGACUAUUUAUCAGUAUCUGUAUUAAUUUUAUAUCAGUAUAAUGGUGAUGGAUUUGCUUCUUCAGUAUUACUCAGCUGUUAAACUGUCCAGGGCUGGCAAUAGACUCUCACACAUUGUGUGAAAAAUUAGCUUCAACCAGAGUGGUCAACAGUAUGAUGCAUCCUUUCGUUAUGAAGUCCCGUCUUGCUGCAUUUCCCCUGAUCUCUCCAGGAGUGGGGUGAAGAUGAGGGAGUGGGGCAUAGAAUACAGGAUCCAAAGGCAUUGACUACCUCCCAAACUCCUAGCCAUGCCCCAUUCUUCAUAUGUGGCUCCAGAUGAUGAGACUGAGGAAUAUAAGUUGUGAAGACGAUAUAAGGAAGCUAAAAAAAGGGCUACAGAUGUGUUAAGUGAGUUGGCAAAGAUAAGGCAAAUGGAGUAUAAUGUGGGAAAACAUGAAAGUAUCCAUCAUGACAGAAAGAAUAAAUAGAAGCAUAUUCUCUAAAUGGUGAGUGUGCAGAGCUCUGAGAUGCAUGCUGAGGGGUAUCUGAGGUAUCCUAGUCAUAGAGUCACACAGCAUAGAAACAGACCCUUCAGCCCAACUCAUCCAUGCCAACCAGAUAUCCGAACCCAAUCUAGUUCCCUUUGCUAGCAUUUGGCCCAAAUCUCUCUAAACCCUUCCUUCUCAUGUACCCACCCUUUAAAAUGUUAUAAUUGUACCCACCUCCACCAAUUCCUCCGGCAGCUUGUUCUGUACAUUCACUACCCUCUGUGUGAAAAUGUUGUCUCUCAAGUCCCUUUAAAAUCACUUCCCUCUCAACUUAAACCUACGCCCUCUAGUUUUGGAUUCCCCUACUCUGAGGAAAAGACCUUGGCUUAUCACCCUAUCCAUGCCCCUCAUGAUUUUAUAAGUCUCUCUAAAGUCAUACCUCGUCCUCCGAGACUCCAGGGGAAAGUAUCCCCAGCCUAUUCAGUCUCUCCCUCUAGCUGAAACUCUCCAACCCUGACAACAUUCUUAUAAAUCUUUUCUGCACUAUUUCAAAUUUAACAUCUUUCCUAUAGCAGGGAGACCAGAAUUGAACACAGUAUUCUAAAAAUAGUCUAAUCAAUGUCCUAUAUAGCCACAACAUGACCUCCCAACUCCUAUACUCAACGCACUGACCAAUAAAGGCAAGAGUGCCAAAUGCCUUCUUCACCACCUUGUCUACCGGCGACUCCACUUUCAAGGAACUAUGAACCUGCGUUGGUCUCUUUGCUCGGUAACACUGCCCAGGCCCCUACCAUUAAUUGUACAAGUCACGCUUUGAUUUGCCUUACCAAAAUGCAACAUCUCACACUCUGUUUAAAUUAAACUCCAUCUGCGACUCCUCAGCUGAUUGGUCCAUCUGAUCAAGGCCCUGUUAUACUCUGAGAUAACCUUCUUCAUUAUCCAUUACAUCACACUUUUGGAGUCAGCUGCGAACUUACUAACCAUAAUUCCUAUAUUCACAUCCAAAUUUUUUUUUAGGUUAGAUGCCCUACAGUGUGGAAACAGGUCCUUCGGCCCAACAAGUCCACACCGACCCUCCAAAGAGUAACCCACCCAGACCCAUUUCCCUCUGACUAAUGCACCUAACACUACAGGCAAUUUAGCAUGGCCAAUUCACCCUAACCUGCACAUCUUUGGACUGUGGGAGGAAACUGGAGCACCCAGAGAAAACCCACACAGGCACAGAGAGAAUGUGCAAACCCCACACAGACAAUCACCCAAGGCUGGAAUCGAACCUUGGUCCCUGGUGCUGUGAUGCAGCAGUGCUAACCACGGAGCCACCAUGCCAUCCGUAUUUAAGAAAUCUAAGAAGGAGAGUAUGCAGAUACAGCAAGUAAUACAGAAAUCCUUUAGAAUGUUAUGUCUUAUUGGAGGGGAAUUAAAUGCAAGAGUAAGGAAAUUCUGCUUCAGUUGUAUAGGGUAUUGAGAUGACAUCUAUGUACAGUAGUGGUGACUGCGGUUAUGGAAAAAUGUUAAUGUAUUGGAACCAAUUCAGAGAAAGCUUACUAGAUUAAUACCUGGAAUGAACAGAUUACUUUAUGAGGAAAGGCUACACAAUCUAAGCCUGUAUCCUCUAGUGCUUAAAAGAGUCUUAAUUCAACACAGACAGUCCUGAGGGGACUGGACAAGGUAAAUGUGAAAAGGAUAUUUCCUCUUAUGGGAGAAUCUAGAACUAGGGAUCAUCGUUUAAAGUAUCCAUUUAAAACAGAGAUGAAGACUUUUAUUUCUCUUAGAGGGUUGUGAAUUUCUUUGGAAUGUCCUUUCUCAAAAGGCAGUGGAUACAGAAUCAUUAAACAAUUUAAAACAGAGGUAGAUAGAUUCUUGAGUACAAAGGGGAUGUAAGGUUAUUGGGGUGUUUGCAGGGAUGUUGAGUUGAGGUUAAAACCAGAUCAGCCAUGAUCUUAUUGAAUCAUGGAGCAGGCUUAAAGGACCAAGUGGCCUACUCUUGUUCCUUGUUUAUAUGCUCACUCCAGAAGAUAUUGCAAUGGAAUCUGACCUUUAGCUUCAUGUUUGUACUUACCUCACCUCCUGAAGCCUCUGAAUGGUGAGGACGAAUGGAAAGGAUAGCUAUUUAACCCUUCUCUAACCCACGCCUUCUCCAAGUCCAUUUAAAAGAUUAAACAUAUCCGCCAGCAUUUAGCUGACACUUACUGAUCACCAGCGCCAUGCAAACACUCCAGCACCCCCCCCAACCACAACCCCUUCCCCACCCCCUCCCGGAUCCCACCAAUCCCUACAGUGCCGUCUUUACACCUUUUCCCCCAGUUGGAUUUUUAAUGGGAUGCUAUUUGGACUAAGGUGAAAGUGAUAUAGCACUAGUUAAACUUUCAAAAGUCUAUCACAAGCACAAUGGGGCAAAUAACCUCAUGUUCUGUAUUAAUCUCUGAUUUCGUGGAAGACACUGGAUUAAUAGGGGAAAGCAGGUGUUGAGUACCUUGUCCAUCUUACCAAGAGCAUGUGAGACUGAUUUUUCACAGAUGGAGAUGCUAGUGGCACCAAGCUUAGUUUUCAGAGAGAGAACUGAAGGAAGGAAAGGAGGCUGAUUCAUUUGGUGUUCUGUGGAGGAAUUAAUUAGACUUGGAGAUGGUGCAUUUGAUUCUGGAUCUCAACACAGGCUGGAUAACAGGGCACAGGAAGACUUCUGGUGAGGGUCAGUUUGGGACGUUAGCAGGGUCAGGAGAGUUCAUACUAGCACAGACAUCAUUAGUUUGAUAAAUAAAGACAACAGCUGUUGCAACAGAUCAUUUGGAUCUGCUUUUAACUCAUUCAAAACCCAUUUACUUAGAGUUAAAAUCAGGCUUAUUUAUAGUAGACUAUAGAAAUAGGAGAGAGACUAUCUAUCAGAGGGAAAACUUAUCUGGUAUUCCAUCCUGUCCCAACUAGGAGAGAGACUUGUGAAGGAAGAUAGUCAGUUAAAGGUCUCAGAGACCUAAUAGAAAGAGGUUGUGAGUGAAAGAGGGAAAUGGAAUCUGAAGAAAAGUGAUAAAAAUAGAUAGAAAUAUUAGUGGAAAAAUAAAGCAGGGAGGAUGGUCAUGGGCAAAGAUAUGAUUUGAAAUCCUGGGGAAAGGAUGAGAAAUAGGAGACAAUGUGGUGAAACUGGAUUUCACCUACAUGAAGGAUGGAAGCAUGGGUAAGGAGAUUUGUUGUUUGGGAGGAACAAUGAGAACUGUUCGCAGGUGGCCUGUAAACACUCCUCCUGACUUUCAGUCCAGUAACAAUCAACACUGGAUGUGGGGUAUAUCGAAUGGGGUAUGCAACCCCUCCUAUUUCACAUCCCUUCCUGUGUCCAGUUUAAUCUCAAAUGAAUGAAGGAGGCCAAUGACAUGGAAAGGAACAAGGAUACAGACCUGCGAAGCAGGAUAAUGAUAAAGGCAGUGACAAACUAUGACUAACAGCACAGAGAAAAUCAGGUAACAAUCUAUAGCAGACUACAUAACAAUGACUUGUUUAGAUUUGCACGGCUUAAAAGCUAGAAUUAUCCUUCUGUAAACUGUCUGGAAAGCUGUUUGCAAUAUCCAAAUACCCUUACCUUGGUCAGAUUCAUAGAGUUUUUUUUAUUUUUUUAUCUGUAUGGUAAAUUUAAAAGUGUUUUAAAAAGUGCUUCAGCUAAAAUUUGGGUUCAUCCCUUCUAAGUCACAUUGAUUAAAAGCGGAAUAAAAAUACCAUUCCGAAGAAGAGUCACAUUUGACUCAAAAUGUGACUCUUUUUCCUUCUCCACAAGACUGCCAGAACAUCUGAGUAUUUCUAGCAUUUCUGUUUUUUUUAUUUCACAUUUCCAGCAUCUGCAAUAUUUUACUUUUAUACCAUAAAAGUAAAUACCAUUAAAUACCAUUCUUCUGUUAUCCAGAGAUCUAAUUUGAACUACUUUCUGCAGGUAAUUAAAGGUGUCUGUACAAGUUGCUUCCAGUUAUUUGACUGGCAACAAUAUAUAUCAUAUAUAUGCCACUCAUUUAUAUUAAGACAAAACCAAGGUACAGAACUGUCCUGAUACCUGAAUUCAAACAGCCUCCCCAGUGCAAUACUGAGCCAGAGUGGAUUCCAGUUUCCAGCUUGGUCCAUAAUGAAUUAGUUUAAUUUCAUUGGAGCAAUGACAGAAGUGUUACAGUUGGACCCAUGACUCCCAGGCUGAGAAGGGACUUAAACAACAAGACCUGCUGUCUUUCAUCACUACAUAGUGCCAAAGGACUGUGGGUAUGUGAGGACAUCAAAUGACUAGACUUGGAUUGGUGAUGCUCAUCACUGCCAAAGCUUAUGUGGAAAUCAGCCAACUAGGUGAGGGAGCAGCGGUUGGGAUCUAAUUCUAAGUGUGUUCCCCACCAAGUGUCAGCAAAGUGGGAAGCAAGUUGAAAACUGGAGAUUAUGUUUCUGAACCCGGUAACUGGGUUACAUUUUGGGAUAAGAAAAGCUGUGACCCCAUUAUCUAAUGAGCCCUCCAAAUCCUGUGUCAUCUACUGAUUGCCAAUUUAGGACAGAAUAAUGUGUGUUUCCAUGGAUUUAAACAAUUGGUUUCAUUGAUCCCAUGUGUGAUCAUUGAUCUCCUGGUUUACAAUCUAGUUCCUAACAGUGCCUGGGAGCAAAUGUGUCCAUUAUAUUUCAUUGAAUUUUAGAGCACAGAAAUAGUUUAUGCUGGUGUUUAUCCUCCAUAUAUGUUGUUUGGAUUUUAUCAGAAUGUUCAAGUCAUCCUAAAGGGAAUACUCUUUUAGCACCCUUGGUAGGCUCUUUCUUGCUCUGCAGUCAUUCCAUGGGUUCCACAUUAACCAUGAGAAGUGUCAUGGCUGAGUUCAAUCUUCAUCCAACUGACAUGACUUGCAGAAAAAGGGGACUAUGAAAAAGGGGGUGGUGUUCAGUAGUGGGAACCCUGCUUUUUUUCUGCUAUACUCCCAAAAAUGCCAAGAUAAAUAGUUAUGCUCCAUUGUUGACCCUGCUAAGGUUCAACUAACUCAUUACAGAUUAAUAAUUGAAACGGAAUCCUUCCUGCUCUAUAACUUUCAGUAUCACAUUGGGCUGCAAGUUUGGGUCAUGAAAUCAAAAGAGCUAUACUAUAAACAGCUACCAACCUGCAAAAUUUAGAUCAAUUCAUGUAAACUAUACAUGGCUACUAGUUUGGGAUAAUGAGGCCUAGUGUUGUACACUAAAAAUGGCUAUCAGUCUGCAAGAGUAGAUCAUACAAAUUGACAAGAAUGUGGAUGCAGAGAUGUUGCUGAGCUGAAAAUAAUUUAUUUCCUAGUUUCUCCAACUUCUUUUCCCACCAUCAGACUAGCAGUGUGCACACAGGUAUAAGCUGAGAUUUGUUGACAAUGAUUGCAGACAUCUAAUAUGUUGCUUGGUUAUCCACUUUCCAUCUCCAUCUGGUUCUUGGCUUUGUUUUGGUCAUAUGUGCAGUGUUGUUGUAGCCAAAAUCAGACAAGGUCUAAUCAAUGGUUUAAAACUGUUCACUGUACAAAGUGCCUUGGACUUCAAGCUAAGGGGUCAUCAUAUCGAAGGAUAUUCAUUAAAGGCUUUAGAAACUAAA